CUACCUCCAGUCGCGGUUCACGGGCGUGCGGUUGCCAGGAGAGACGCGCGUGCAGUUCAGAGUACGGCUUUAACGGCAGAGCGGCACGGGCUCUCCCCCGCCAUUUCCUCAGUCUCGAGCCCUGGAAUGUCGAGUAGCGGCUCGGGCUCUUCCUCGCGGAAGGAGUUCGAUGUGAAGCAGAUCCUCAGGAUCCGAUGGAGGUGGUUCGGCCAUCCCGCGGUGCCUCCGACUCACUCUCCGCCUCUAGGAGAAUACUUCGCCGGGAGGAGAGCGGGCGCCAGCUCCGGAGACAGACCUUCAGUUAGCGGCUGUAGCAACUCGAAUUCAGCCUGUGUAAACCCCGGUGUGGCGGGUCACGGCGGUUUGGUGGCUAGCGGCAGCGCCGGGUCUAACCUGUGUAACGGCAGCGGUAGUAACAGAAAGUUUGCUGAUCCACCGGGGAGUCGGGGCGGUCCGGGCGGAGCGACGGGGAGCUCCUGUCCCCGCUCCCUCAGCCAGCCUGAGUGCAGGAGCUCCGCCGCGGCGCUGUCGUGGGUCUCCCCACCACCUCAUCGUCGCUCUCGUCCGCUCUCGAGCAUGGAGCCCCCCGGUGAGGCCCCGCUGCCCCAGCUGGUACCCGAACCCGCAGCUCAACACGGAGCUGAAGAUGAGGCGGCAGCGGCGCCGUCGGGCACCGAGGAAAACAACAACAACAACCCGGAAACCGACUCCAGCUCCUGCAGGACGUCCAACAGCAGUGCCACGCUGUCCUCCUGUGUAUCGCUGGAACCAUGUGCAUGUCCUGAGGAAUGUAUGUUCACCGCUCUGUCCCACGCAGAUGUCACGUUCCGCAAGAUGGAAGGGUACCUGAGGACUCGACAGCUGUGUGAUGUCAUAUUAGUGGCCGGAGACAGGCGUAUCCCUGCACACAGGCUCGUCCUUUCAUCUGUGUCGGACUACUUUGCUGCUAUGUUUACGAGUGACGUGCGAGAGGCCAAGCAGGAUGAAGUGAAGAUGGAGGGAGUGGACCCUGAUGCAUUGUGGGUCCUGGUGCAAUAUGCAUACACAGUGAGAGAGGACACCAUAGAGUCUCUGCUAUCAGCCUCCUGUUUGCUCCAGUUGUCGUCAGUGGUUCAGGCCUGCUGCUCCUUCCUAAUGAAGCAGCUCCACCCCUCCAACUGCCUGGGCAUCCGCUCUAUGCUAUGCCAGGGUUGCCACGACUUGCAGAGGUCCGCUCACGCUUACACCAUGGAACACUUUCUGGAGGUGGUAGGAGGCCAGGAGUUCCUGCUGCUCCCUGUGGAGGAGAUGGAAAGGCUGCUCACAUCAGAUGAUGUCAAUGUGCCUGAUGAGGAAACUGUGGUCACCUCUUUGCUCACCUGGGUCCGUCAUGACACCACCAGUCGGCAACGCCACUUACCCCAGCUCCUGGCUCACAUCCGGCUGCCGCUGCUGCAGCCACAGUUCUUAGCAGAUCGGGAGUCCAAUCCUUUGCUCCCCGGGACAGUGGUGGAUGGUGCCACGGCUGCUGAUGGAGGGAUGAAGUAUCACCUCGCCUCGCGCAGACCUAUGCUUCAGAGCCCCCCGGACCCGACCACGCAAGGCCACUGUAGGGCUAUGUUUGCUGUCGGGGGCAUGGAUGCUACAAAGGGUACAACCAGUAUCGAGCAGUACUGUCUACGCAGGGACACAUGGAGGCAGGUUGCCACCAUGAGUGGACGGAGACUACAGUUUGGUGUAGCUGUCCUUGAUGGCCGUCUGUAUGUGGUAGGGGGCCGAGAUGGACUCAAAACCCUGAACACAGUGGAGUGCUACAACCCACACAGCAAAACGUGUAGCGUCAUGCCACCCAUGUCAACACACAGGCAUGGCUUAGGCGUAGCGGUCCUAGAGGGCCCCAUGUACGCAAUAGGAGGACAUGACGGUUGGAGCUACCUGAGCACAGUAGAGAGGUGGGAUCCUCAAGCUCGCCAGUGGAGCUUUGUUGCAAGUAUGGCUACACCCAGGAGCACAGUGGGAGUAGCCGUUCUCAAUGGGAAGUUGUAUGCAGUAGGAGGUCGUGACGGCUCAUCCUGUCUGCGUUCAGUGGAGUGUUUCGACCCCCACACCAACAGGUGGAGUGCUUGUGCUCCUAUGGCUAAACGGCGAGGAGGUGUGGGUGUGGCCACAUGGCAUGGCUUUCUGUAUGCCAUCGGAGGUCAUGAUGCGCCAGCGUCAUCUCUGGCCUCGAGGCUAAGUGACUGUGUGGAGAGGUAUGACCCUCAGACAGAUGUUUGGACAGCAGUUGCCCCAAUGAGCAUCAGCAGAGAUGCAGUUGGUGUUUGUCUCCUUGGCGACCGUCUUUAUGCUGUAGGCGGUUAUGAUGGGCAGGUGUAUCUCAACACUGUGGAAGCUUAUGAUCCUCACAAUGAAUGGACACAGGUGGCACCUUUGUGUCUGGGCAGAGCUGGUGCAUGUGUAGUGGUCAUCAGACUCUAACAACACAACUAGUGGCGUACUGCAUACAACCUCCUCUUUGACACCACAGCCACGAUUUGAGGAGGUGGCACCAUGGUCUGUCUACUGUGAGCAUGAGAUCAACAACCCAAAGCGGAGGAGAGCGAUACUAAACAUUUCAGGUUUUACACUCUGAGACUGCCAUUUAUUAGUUGCAACAUUUUGGGGAUGUUUAGGUUUUACAUGUCAUGGUUCUGACAAGGUUUUCACAUCCUGAUACAGAAGUGAAGAUGAUUAAGAAGAAUCUGCUGUGUUCAGUGCCGUGAGCCUGACAAAACAGCUGUCUAACAAUUUUUUUCUUGUCUAUUUUGUUUCUGAAGACAAGGCGGGGGCAGACACAUGAACACACACAAACCAAUUCUACGUUGCUGCUUUCAGCUUCUAUUUCUGCUGACAGAGAGGUGAGAGAGAAAGAGAGAAAUUGUCAAGACUGUUGAGAUGCCUUAUCAUUUUCACUCUCAGUUUUCCGUAACAAUGUCUGAUACUCUGUAUUGAUGCUAUUUUAAUAUUAUCCCCAUUAUUCUAUGCUGCAGUUGGCAAGUGCUCUCUUGCUCUGUUUCUCUUUCUGGUUCCCACUGACAGGUGAAAAAAACGACUUUGACAUAAUCAGCACAACCUUAUGAACAGCUGCAAGAAACUGAAGCUGUUUUAAUCUUUUCAGUCAAAAGCACAUAGUCACGUGUGUAUGUCAUCCACAUUGCAUCAGCUCACAUCUCAAGGGUAAAGUUUACAGUGAAACUGAAUUUUUUUUCUUCACUUUUCUGUUACAGGGUAUUACUAUCCACUUUAAAAUCUGACUUUUUAUGAUUUCUCACUUUUAUAUAACUGAUUAAUGGAUUACAUGCUGUUAGUGUCUCCAUAGAAGUAAUAACAUUAAUAACACUGUGGUCCUUUGUUGAUCUCUGUAGGGAAACUUUUUCAUCUUCCCCCAGAGCACAGGGUCAGCUAUUUACAGUUUCAUACAGGGUCAGCUGAGCUCUUCUGUCUUCCAGCAACCUUUGUUUUCUCCUCUGCAUAUGUUUCUCAAGUGUGUACGUGUUCGUGGGUCUGAGCGUUCAGAGAUCCUAAGGAGUAUAUUUUUAUCUCAAAUGAGAAUCGUCCCCCCUUCCUCUCUCCCCAUCUUCAAUUCCCUGCUGCUUUCUCUUCAUCCCCAUUUUCACAUUUCAUCAGCACACAUACAAUACAUGUGCACAAAUACCACACACAUACACAAUCUACACGCUGUUAUGUUUUAGAGCAGAAUUGGAUACCAGUCAAAACGAGGAGCAGACUGUGUAAAGAGACCAUGAAUUUAAUAACGUUGAUCCAGCCAGUGUCGACGUUUUGUUUGAUGUUGAGUUCAAAGCGUUAUUAGAUUUGAUGCUUCUGCUGCAUGCUGAGUAUCACGUGAGGGGAAAUUAAGUCCUGUGACAUUACCUUCUGUUACUACAUUUGGUGUCUAGUUUGAGUUACAGAAGCACAUUGUAGGUGCUGUACAUGUAUGUCUGUAAUCGAGUAUUUUCCGUUUAUUUAGUUUUGCUGGUCAGCCCCUGUUUCUGUGUGUGUCUGUGUGUCAUGUGCAGAGAGGAAACACUUCUGCCAGUGAGAAGCAAAGCAUGCAUCCUGUCUGAACUGACCAGAUCUGGAGCUAAUGUAGCCCCCAGGAUACACUUCACAAGCACACACACGGACAUCCUACAUCCGCAUCAUCUGCACUGCACACACUCACAAACGCACACAUGCACAAAGACACACUUAACCACACAGCUGAAAGCCAAGUGCCCCAGGAGCCGGUGAAGAUUGAAAAGCCUCCCAAAUUUGCCGGCAUGGCAUCUAAAAAGCAGACGGGCAGGCUUUGCAGUUUCCCACAGCUGAGCUGAUGUUUAUUCAAGCCUAAUGCACUGCUGCAUUAUUCUAUUUUCAUUCCCUUCAAACCUGAUGUUUAUUUAGAGAGUAAUUCUCCUUAGAUCAGAGCAGCUGAAAUGUGGCACCUCCACUGUGUACAUGUUUUAUAGGUUAAACAUUGGUUAGAAUACAGACAUUCCAAUACAAAUUAUAUAUUACUGUAUAUUUUGUAAAUAAGUAAAUAUACAAUCUGUAUGUAGUCCAAUUACAAUACACUGUAAUUAUAUUAUGUUGUAGAUAUGUUGCUGUAUACCAUGUGCCAUUAUGUAUCUUUUUUUCUACCAUGAAUUAAGAUGAUGAUGAUAAUGAUGAGGUCUAAUAAAAUAACCACUGAUAAAAAAAAACAAAAGCAUACAGCUGUUGAUACUUUGUGCUGCUCAUCUCCUCUUUUUGUACCAUGAAUUGUUAUACCUCCUCUUUUGCAAUAUAAAUUAUGUAUGUACAAUAUAUAGUCGUAAUAUGCUGUUAUAGGUCUUUUAUACAUUAAAGUCAAGGUGUGAUAUAA